AUCCUAUAUAUACUCGUUCCAAACAAAGGAAAGGACCUUCAGUGAUUUAAGUUACUGAUUCACUUUACUUCAGUCGGUGAGCAAGGUCAACUCAGGAAAGGAGAAUAGAAAACAGCGCAUUGAUGGAGACCCUAGAUCAAAAUGGAUCUGUGCAUAAUUAUUCAUUUCCUGAUUAUGAUAUGCACAAUGAAGAAUCCAUGUCUGAAGAGGCACACAUUGCAAUUCCCAUAAUUCUCAGCAUUGUGAGCCUCCUCAGUCUCAUUGGUAACAUCCUGGUUGUUGUGAUCAGUGUCUUCUAUUUGAGACUUCAGUCACUGACCAUCAUCUUCAUACUCAACUUGGCUGUGUCAGACCUGCUGUUCACUAUCGGAUUGAUGUUCCAGAUCCAUGCAGUUGUCUGGGGUUUUACUCUCGGAAAUGCAGCGUGCAAAGCAGUUCACUUUAUUUUCGCAGCUGGAUUUUACAGUAACCUGGUGUUCCUGGUGUUGAUGAGUGUUCAGCGCUACAUGUCUGUAGUGCGCCCUCGCUCAAGCUGGAAAAAAGGACGUUGUUUCACACUCGUUCUUAUCAGUGCGUGGGGCGGGAGCACCUUGGCAGCAGUGCCAAACGCAGUGUAUGUCGAAGUGUAUAUGCGACACUGUACAUACAGUAGCUUGACUGCAAUGGUUGGUUUUAUGUAUGAACACAACAUUGGUUUUGUGUGCGCAUUUUUGAUCAUGGGUUGUUGCUUCAUCAGGAUCCUGCAAACCAUCUUCAAGUCACCAACAAACCAGAGACACAGAAUUACUGGACUUGCCUUCUUUCUGGUAGCUACUUACUUUAUUUGUUGGGCUCCUUUUAACAUAAUGCUUUUUAUAACCUUCUUACUUUAUUAUCAGAUAACACAUUUUCACAACUACGUACAUUACUAUUAUGCCUUCUUAGUUUGUCACAUUUUGGCUCACAUCCGAUGCUGCCUCAAUCCUGUAAUUUAUGGUUUAUUUUGUGUAAAAUUCCGUACAACAGUGCGGGAGAUUUUGCAAAGGCGAGCUAUGUUCAAUUCUGCCCAAAUGAGGAUGGAAGAACUUCAUUCUACCUCUUGUGACAGUUUAAAUAAUCAAGUCCCAGACCUGGAUGUAAAUCGUGAUUUUAGUAAUCUUUAAAUAAAAAAAAAAUCAAAGAAAAUGUUUGCUGUGUCUGCAGGGCUAGCAAUCAUCCUGGUACCUGAUUUUGUGUGACUGUGUGAACUACAGCACUGACUUGUUAUAGGAGUGUAAAGAUACUGAUGGAGCACUUUGUCUUGAGUUUCUGAUUCUUUAACACAAAACGGGUUGAUUUGACCAAAUCUGAUUAAAUCUAAUUCCAUUUAAACAUGAAUAAAUCAACAAGGCGAAGCUCUGGGAACAACGUCUUUCUAUGUGAUUGCUCCUGAUCUGCUCAAAUAAACAUGGAGUCAGAAGAUACUGAUGAAAAACACUGUUUUUUAGGCAUUUAUUUCUUGCACAGUUCUUAUUGCAGACUUUUUUUUCCCUCCCUUCCAGCUUGUAUUGUUGUAUUUUAACUUGUACUGUAUUGUUAUGGAGCGACUUCUGGCACAAGAAUUUCUC